AUGAAGAUACAUCCUCCAUUAUUCGUAAUAUUCAUUGCCAUCGUUUGGACAGCUGCAAACGAAGAGAAUUCUCCGAUUGUAAGAUUGGAAAGAUAUGAAUACAAUUCCCCGUCGGGAUCGAAAAUAUCGCCAAAAACUGUUCUAAAUGACAACAUUUUAUUGUGCUGUUUCCCAUUAAUAAGAAGAAAUCCAAUCCAGCAAACGACUAUAUCCUGUAAAACUACUUGCAAUCUUAUUCGUCCAACAGGAGCUCUUUAUGUAAGGGACAUCUCUGAUUCAUCGUCUUCAUUACCGAUUCGGAAUAGACCACAAUUCAGUUCUUCCAGUAGUAGCAGUUCUACAUUUAUUUCAGGCUCUGCUUAUGGUUAUGGUCAUUUGACUGGUAGCGUCCCAAGUGGUGAUACCAAUGGAAAAUUACGAAGUUUUAAGCUACGAAUACCAAUCCCUGCAAUUAAGCCACAUUAUACCGCUUCACGGGGUACAGUACAGGAAAUACUCAUUCCGAAGAGAUUUCGACAGUACAAAAGAAUUUGUGGCAAUAUAACUCACAACAGGGUAUACACGAAGUAUGAACCACCAACAGUCAUCAGCAAUGGUUAUUCUAGCAUCUACCGUUACCCAGGUAAUUAA